AUGGGCAGCUCAUCCAAGGACUAUUCCGGCAGCGACGGCGAGGCUUCCAGCGGCGACACUCCGCCUCCUGACUCCACCCGCUUCACCGAAGGCGAGCGCGUCCUCGCCUACCAUGGUCCUCGAAUCUAUGAAGCCAAGGCAUCUCUUUCUCCUCCCUAA